AUGGGAAGCCUUUCACAAACCUGCAAAGAAGUCACGAUCCAGCUAGAAGAUGGUAGCAGGCCAUUUCAAUUCCAAUGCCAUCUGAAUGCUCAGUGCAUGAAACUCGACGGAACAUGGAAAAGCAGCACCUUUGACUUGAACAUUCUUCUGGACAACUAUGGCGGCAAAUUCGCAGUUGGUAAGAAAGAAAAUGGUUUCAGUCGCACUGCCUACAACAUUAGACUUGAGACUACUCCCACGGCCAAAGAUGCGCAGGGUAAAGAAAUCCCAGGGAAAAUGCUCCUGAAAGCUUCCCUCAACAAUGGCUGGGGAAAUACUCUUGAAGAUGAGAUCGAUCUUGAAGUCUUGCUCGCAAAUAUGAACGGCGUCUUGACAACCAGGUUCAAUUAUGAAGCCCUUAUGCGACAAGAGGGAGAUUGUGCGGAGUUUCUGGAGAAUGUGAGAAAUAUUCGGCUCGGCGAGCAGGCGAAGCUGGGACCUGUGAAUAUUUUCCAGCCUCAGACUCCAGCGGAUCAGCAGCAUGAGCUUAUUGCCGAAGUCAAGAAUGAGGAUGGCUCGUGGGUGGAACGCCGAGUGGAACUUGAUGAUUACUUGGGUAACCGCAAUGGCUACAUCGUUCGUAAUGACAAGAACUUCUCGAAGACAUGCGGGAACAUGCAGCUCUCGUACUGGGACAGCAAGAAGCAGCGCGUCAAUAAAGACGGCCAACCUUUAGUCCUGAAGCGUACUCAGAACCUACCUCCGGGCAUAGUGACUCCCGCGGAACAUGAUCUGAUCGAUAUCGAUCCAAGAGAUUGGGUCAUCAAACCGACCAACUGGUCCGGCCCCGACUACAAUGGUCCUUGGGAUCCACCAAGCCAGCCUUACCCACCUUCCCUGCCAACAACCGUAUGCCUUGAAUGCGAUGCACGAACUCGCUCGCAACCGUCUUCAAGACACAACAAAAUCCUACUUUCGGCAAUCAUCAUGCCCACCAAAGGACAAUUCGCAGAAGCCACCCUUCCAAUCAUCAUCGGCGUCCCAGAGAAACACACCGAGAUGGCGGCCACAGAACUCCAAAAGACCCUCGAUGAGAACCCUGGAGCGCGUGUAGAAUGGGCGGACGACCCGAACAAGGAAGGCCUGACGAAGUUCUACGUCUUUUUGGGUGUUAAAGAGCAUGGCGGAGAAGGUAUUUUCUUCCAAACCACCACAAUGGAGGCGCGAGCAAGUAUUCAGCAUUAUGUUCAGGAUAAACACGUCAGUCGUUUUCAACAUGUUGCAUACGACGUCUUCACAGCCGAGAUUCAUGGCGUCAAGGCGCCAUUCUACGCUGGAGUUGGUGCGAGCAUAGACCUGAUUCAGGCGGAAGCCAGUAUCUUUGACCUGACUCUAGGCCUUGGCGUCGAAAGCGGAAUUGGCGUCUUGGACGAGACGGCUGAGAUCGAGUUUCUGGGUUGUGGAAUCCUGAUCGGAAGAAAGGUUGGAAUCAGUGUAUUCGGAAAUGUGUUUGAUGUGAAUCUUGGGCGGCUUUUUGGAUUCUGAGCGCCGAUUGCCAGAAUGAGUUACGCUAAGUACAAGCAGAUUUCUUUGGCGUAGGCCAUUAUGGAAGGAGUUUCCGGCUCGCAAAGGUGGAUUGCAACAGAAAACCGUACCAUUGGAUGCCCGGCAUGGCGUAGUGAGUUCAGUUCGUUGAGUUCAGUCAAUGGAAACACUUCAUUAUCCAGAGCUUACGUGAAGUCGAACGGACGAAGAAAUGGACAGACCACUUUGCAGCUACGCGAUGAAGAUGGGGCUGUUGUGGGCUUGAAGCUGGGGGUU